GUUGGUGGUUCCUCGUCCCCAAGCCCGACAUAGCGUAGGAUUGUCGCAGGCAGGAGCCUCUUCCUGCACGCUGAGUUUCGCGCAUCCACGAAGUUGCUCCAUUCUGUCGCAUACCAUCCUGCACGCAUUUUCUUGGGUGGCAAUCUAAACCUGCUCAUCCACGUCGUUAUCAUCUUAUAGAGUAGUCAGUGCCGAGACGUACAGCUAUGACAACUUACGACCCUCGAAAAGGCGAGAGAUCUACUCAGAUGCGUACAGCAAGACAAGAUGUUGACAUGGUUGACGCACCGCCAAGAGAGUCACCUUGGCCCCCACGGCUUCGACCGCGAAAACUUGAAUACAGACAUGGAAGCGUAGAGACAACACAGGAUGUUUGUAAGAACGACAACCAUGUUCAAACUAUGGAGAUGUACGACCACAGCCAUACGUCCCACGCUACAUGCGAAACCACACAAAUUUGGCAGUCUGUGCAUACAAGGCAGGAUCCGCACGCGUCGGUAAUCUCGGCAAACGGCACACCGAAUCGAUUCGCGCGAGACCAUGGAGACGACGACGAUCAUCACAGGUACAAACGUGAGCAAGAUCGCACAAGGAAUGUGGAAGACAGGUCGAUAGCCUUGCAAGAGUCGCAUCAAUUGUUUGAGAUCCAUCCGGCGGCUGCGACUGAAUGGAGGGCAAAGGCAGAGAAAGAUUUCGCUGAAAGGAAUUCUCAUCUAGAUGCUCAUACACAGAGCACCAGUCAGAUACACAAGUUGUUGGAGGAUGAGCUGCAAAAUAAAGCGAAAGACUUGGCAAGCGUCCUUGAGCAAACGAAGCUCAAGGAAAAGCAGCUGGACAACGAGAGAGAGCAGUGGAUAGCCGAAAAGCAGCAGCAAGAGUCUGAUAGACAACAGUGGGAGUUUGAAAGGCAAGAGUGGAAGUCAAAAGAGAAUCAGUACGCCGCCGAUAUAAGAGACUUGACGUUUCAAUGGAAGAAAGCGGCAAAACAGCUCAAUGGGCUGAUAGCCCAAGGUCAAGGCCAUCACCAAGUCACUGACAAUUACCUCUGUGGUUUGAUCACACAGCUGAGGUACAAGAUCCGAGAUUUCGGUAUCCAGUACUUCUCCGAGAAGCUUCCCAAGCGCCCCAAGUUCGAACAAAAUUGGGUAUGGAAAGAGCACAUGGCGUCUACUACGAGGGAUGAAAGCUAUGCGGAUUUUGUCAACUAUCCAGAAACCCGUCCCAGCGUCAUACAAGCCUUCCUAUGGAGAGUGAUCGUUCACGAGGUCUUUUCCAAGUUCAGAUGGGCUGGACCAGCGUCAUCCCCGAUCACGAACCUUUUCAGAGAAUUGGAAUCGUGCCUUCAUGGAGGAGGAUCAUCUCCUGCUGAUGCCGAGGCCACGAAGAAAUUGCACACCUGGAGGGCCACUACUGUCAGUCUUUUGUUGGAUUCCAUGGGCCAGCUGAAGCGGCGUCAAGCCGAUAACGAGCUCCAGAGGUGGCAGGUCGAGCUUCACAAUGACAUGCACAGAAACCUCCGUCUUCUAAAGCCAAAGGAUCAGAAAGGUUGUAAACAGGACUUCCUCGACAUCAUUGACGGGGCAGUCAAGAUCGAUGAGGAGAUCAGCAGGCAGGUUUCCCGGGUGGAAUGGACAUUCGGUUUUGGGAACGGUAUGCAGACUCUCGAUCUUGCAACCAUGGAGCUCAGAAAAGGGGAACCAUUCAUUCCAAACUCGGAAGUGACGUUAGUGAUCUCUCCGGGGGUGAUCAAGCAAGGCAAGUCGACUGGCGAGGGCUUUGAAUCAAGCGUAUGUUUGUUGAAGAUGGAGGUCUCAUGUGAGAAAUCUGUAUCUCGCCUGUAAUCUCACGGUAUAUUUAGACAGACGGCAUUCACCUGGCUUUUUGUCGUUUCGGCUUUCCUCGAGAGCGGGUAGUGGAGGAGUCGUUGACGUCAUUGAUGCUAUUCAAUCCGCGUGUAAAGGGAGAACGUGGAAAUUCGGAAUCACCUAGCGCGCUGUCUCCCGACACCUGUACGGAAUAUCUCAUGCGAUAGAAAGGGAUAAAAAGCA